AUGAUUUCCAUGCAGCAGUCGCUGUUCUAUGGGUCACUUGUGGUGCUGUCAGCUGCUGUGCUGGCAGCUUAUUUUGUGGAAUUCUGGGCGGUUCUUGAAGCAUCAUUGGACAAUGCCGGCGACUUUAUUGUCUCAGACCUUUUUCAGGCCAAGAAUAUAUUUGUUCUGUCGGCAGCAUAUGCCCGCUGGGCUUUACCAUACCCUGGCAGUAUCAUAGGUCGCCCUGAGCCAGCCUUGCUGAAAGCGCUGGGUACGUUCUUUGUGGGCGUCAUUGCUGGCUGGAGCCUGAAUAUGGCACGUGAGACUGGGAGCACCAGCUUGGACGCUUACAAGUUACUCUUUUUGGUGCACGUGAACUCCUUUGUGCUCACGGCGGCUGUGACCUUUGACAGGCUCACCGGCAGCUGGGUGUUGCUCGUUGAGGCUUUGGCCCUGUGGCUGUGCUGCACGUCCUGGUGGCAUCCAGCCGCGGCCCUAGCAGUGGACGCCGUGAAUUGGGUCAUUCCGGUGCAGGAGGUCACUUCCGCCCUGCAAGUCCUCAGGGGUGUUAUCGGUGCAGGCUUUGACCAGGCAGCCAUGGAGCUGUUGGUAGUCAGCGGCUAUAUUCAGAUUUCUUUGGGCUAUGUCAAUGUUUGGUACAUGCGGCAAGUUCAAGCACGGACCAACGCAUUGCUGGACGUGGCAGGGGGCAAGAUGACUGCACGGCAGUUUCUGGUUGAGCGGACAGCAGUCUACAUGGUCAGUGUGGCACUUCCCUACAUGCUCCAGCGGAGUGUCUUGGAAACUGCAAACGACAUGUUCUUCGAGUCCUUCCGCUGGAAGGCAGAGGAAUCGCUUCGCGUGGAUGCUUUCCUUCACCCGGGCAACGCCUACAAUCGGCUAGAGGUGGCGCGUGAUUCGAAUCAUACGGUGGAUGGCUUCGCUGAAGCAUUCAACUCAAUCAUCAAUGAUUGCUACCAGCUUACAGCAGGAAAGCUUUACGACUUGCCAAACCUAGUGCUGAUGUCGGGGAUGAUGGCUAGCCAGCCGAUUCUGACUGCCACCCUUUUACCCAUCAGUGUUGGGCUGGACUUUGGGAGGACGCAUGUCAUCUCAGCCAUCACUUCGUUGACCGAGAAGGCGACGAAGCAUCUCCGCGCGCUGGCCGACAAGCGCAAGAAGGUCGAGCAGCAUGAUUCCAGAAACGCCGAAGCAAUCAGCCGAACUGGCGCUGCUGCAAUUGUCGCUGGCCGCUGGGGGGAUUUGGCCACCGACAUAUUGGCGGCAACAGCUUGGCGAAAGAUCCUGCUGUCAACACGGAUGUUCAUCAACUGGCUUUACUAUCAAGACUUGUAUGGAGUCGGUGUCGAGUGUGCACUUGCUCGUAUCAUGGAAGCUGACAGGAUAACCGCUGCAGACAUAGGUGUCUACUCAAUGGUUAUUGAAGACACCAUCGGAACCCUGCUGACUCGCUAUCGAGAGGAGUCGCGCCUGGCACAGAUGCACACCUUCCAAGAGCGCCUGCUGGAGCUAGACGCUGGUUUGCGCGCCCACCGGGCAAGGCUCCAGGAACAAUCGCACUGCAUGAUCCAGGGUGGAGGUGCGCUUUUGUUUCGAGACUUCACCUACGAGCGCGGAGACUUGAAGGUCCAGUUGCCAGACUUGGAUCUUCAGCUUGGACGCAUUUAUGCCAUCACCGGCCCCAAUGGAUGCGGUAAGAGUACCUUGUUCUCGGUGCUUGCCACGUGCAUGCAGCCAAUGGUGCUGCCCGGCGAGUUGAAAGUCAAUGGCACCGUGGUCCUUCCGUCUGCAGAAGUUGUCGAAAUAACGCAGAAGCCGUACCAACCACUCUUUGUGAAGCCACUAGCCUGGCUACUGGAUAAAGACAUUGACAAUGACGGUGACGCGCAGAUCAGAGAAUCCACAGAGAGGAUCGCAAUGAUAUCUGCCGCACUGCGCUUUAAGCAUUCAGAUGCCAAUGACUCCGGCCUAUCUUCAGAAGAAUUGCAGGCUGAAAUGGCGGAUUGGUACGGCGAGCUUUCUGGCGGCCAGCGCAGCAAAGCAGAGCUCAUGCGGCAAGUGUUCCUCAAAGCAGAAUGCCCAAAGGUGAUCCUGUUGGAUGAAGUCUUUGCUCCACUGGAUCCUGGCUCCAAGCUGCUCGUGCAGCAACUGCUCAAGGAGCGCUGCUCUGAGUCUCUCAUCCUGGUCAUCUACCACACAGGUGAUGGCACCCAAUGUGUCAGCAGCAACAACUUUUUCGACGACAACCUGCAUGUCUCGAAUGGCUCGGCACACUUGGUGGGGCUUUGCUGA